ACACGUACAAGGGUUCAUUAUUUAUGAUUGCUUUGAUUUCUAUUUUAUCAGCAAAUAACAUAUUUAUUUACUAUACCUACAUUAUAGUACAUAUACAAGUAUAAUAAAAGUCUCAAGUAUUCGAACAGUAAAAAUAAUUUCCAUAGAAGGGUAUCAACACAGACGCUAUGUUUCACAAAAUUUGUUCAAGUAUUAAUCAUUCAGAGAUUAUUAUUGAAAGGCUUAUAGGCCUAGUGAUUUAAUACACCUACAGUAUAUUAAAUUUAUUAAUGUAUUUUUAAAAAGCGAUAGGAGAAUAAUCCAUGUAACCAUGAGAUAAAUGGAGUGCAGUUUGCUUUGUAUAGUAUAAAUUGGACCGAGAAAAGUAUAAAAUUAAAAAAAAUCGUCUUAUUGGCUACGUGCUUAAAUAAAACAAACAAAUUAAAAACAAAUAAUACUCGAGAAAAAUCGUUGAAUUUACAAAUAUUUGGCUCUGAAUCAAUUUUUAGUUUUUGGCGUUUGAUGGAUACAGUGGAUUGAGAAUGUUGUUUCUGUAAUGGUCAAUUGUCAGUAUUUAAGUUUCUGAUUUGUGUUGUCCCACUAUGGAUAGGGCCUAGCAGUAAAAAGUCGAAUGUCGCUGAGUUAAACUUCUUAAGUUAUACAUAUUUUUUUUUAGUUAUACAAUUUUGUUGGAUGUUAUCAGCUCAAUUGAAAAUAAUGGCAUUUAAAUACGAAUCAUUUGGAUACGAAAAUAUUGAAUUAGGGCAGAGAAAUAACUUAAAUUGUAUAAAAAUUUUGAAUCAAAUAUUUAUGGAUCACACAAAGUUAAAUGCUUCAAUUAGAAAAUUUUAUGAAAUCAUGAAACCAAUUACAUUGUUUACCUAUGUUUGUUAUUUCAAUCUUUAUAUUGCUUUUACAUAUAUGUGUUUUUUGAAUUACUUUAAAAAUGGCUGUGAAAUGUCAGUUAUUUUUACGAAAUUAUUAUUAACAACAUUGGUGGUGUCUAUUGAUUUGUUUAUUAUGUGCUAUUAUUAUAGCUAUCUUGAAAAUCAAAUAAAUGGAGUACAGUUUGCUAUGUAUAGUAUUGAUUGGACCGAGAAAAGUAUAAAAUUAAAAAAAAUUCUCUUGUUAGCAAUGAGUUUAAAUAACGCGAACAGAUUAAAAAUGAAUAUUACUCCACGAAAAUCGUUGAAUCUAGAAGUAUUUGGUUCGGCGUUACGCGUGUCAUAUUCAAUUAUUUCCGUCUUGGUAAAAAAAACAAUUUCGAAAUAAGCCAAUUGGAGCAAAUAAAAAAUUAUUUUGAAGCUAUUGUGUUUUAUUAUAUAUUGAGUUAAUUUUGUGUUAAAUUUAUAAUUCAAUCUUUAAAUUAAGUUAUAAAAAAUUUGAUUAGUAAGUAAGCUAUGUUAUUAUUUUAAU